AUGUCUAAAAGAGCAGCUGAAGAUGACUUGAAUGGUCAUACAAAUGCUAAAGUACCAGCAGCUAUCAGAACCGAUAAUUCUGCUACUAAAGCACAAGAGUCAACUACCACUGAAGAUAUGGAUAUUGGAGAAUUCGAAGAUCCUUAUGGUGAUGAUUUUGAAAGUGAUGAAGAAAUCAUUGAAUUAGAUGACAACAAUGAAGAAGAAGAAGAAGGCGAUGAAGAAGCCGCACAAAAGAAAAUUGAACAAUUGGAACAACAAGAACAAGAAGAAGAAAUUCAAUCAUCGAUAUAUUUACCACACAAAUCCAAACCAUUAGGACCAGAUGAAGUCUUAGAAGCAGAUCCAUCUGUUUAUGAAAUGUUACAUAACGUUAAUUUACCAUGGCCUUGUUUGACAGUGGAUAUUUUACCUGAUUCCUUGGGUAAUGAAAGAAGAUCAUACCCAGCCACUGUUUAUUUGGCAACUGCUACUCAAGCAGCCAAAGCUAAAGACAAUGAAUUGAUUGCUAUCAAAGCCUCUUCUUUGGCCAAGACCUUAGUUAAGGAUGAAGAUGACGAAGAUGAAGAAGAAAAUGAAGACGAUGAUGAUAUUGAUGCUGAUCCAAUAUUGGAUUCUGAAACUAUUCCAUUAAAAAGUACCACCAAUAGAAUCAGAGUUACUCCACAUGCUCAAACAACAGGUGAAUACUUAACCGCCACUAUGAGUGAAAGUGGUGAUGUCUACAUUUAUGAUUUACUGGCCCAAUAUAAAGCAUUUGACACACCAGGUUAUAUGAUUCCUAAAAAUUCUAAAAGACCAAUACAUACUAUCAGAGCCCAUGGUAAUGUCGAAGGUUAUGGUUUAGAUUGGUCUCCUUUAGUAAAUACUGGUGCUUUAUUAUCAGGGGAUUUAUCUGGUAGAGUUUACUUAACCUCAAGAACCACAUCUAAUUGGGUAACUGAUAAAACCCCAUUCUUUGCAUCCCAAUCUUCAAUCGAAGAUAUUCAAUGGUCCACUGGUGAAAACACUGUGUUUGCCACCGCUGGUUGUGAUGGUUAUGUAAGAAUUUGGGAUACAAGAUCUAAGAAACACAAGCCUGCUAUUUCAGUUGUUGCUUCUAAAUCAGAUGUUAAUGUUAUUUCAUGGAGUUCUAAAAUCAAUCAUUUAUUAGCAUCCGGUCAUGAUGAUGGUAGUUGGAGUGUUUGGGACUUGAGAAACUUUACUAAUGCCAAUAAUGUUGCUCCUUCUCCAGUUGCCAAUUACGAUUUCCAUAAAUCACCAGUUACUUCCAUUUCUUUCAACCCAUUAGAUGAAUCCAUUAUUGCUGUUUCCUCUGAAGAUAAUACUGUCACUUUAUGGGAUUUGGCUGUUGAAGCUGAUGAUGAAGAAAUCUCCCAACAAAGAAAAGAAUUAAAAGAAUUGCAUGAUAUUCCUCCACAAUUGUUGUUUGUUCAUUGGCAAAGAGAUGUCAAGGAUGUCAGAUGGCAUUCACAAAUUCCUGGUUGUUUGGUCUCAACUGGUGGUGACGGUUUGAAUAUCUGGAAAACUAUUUCUGUAUAG